CACAGAACCCUUGCCACCUCUGAAUCGCGUAUACUCCACCAUUAUCCAGCAGGAAGGGGUCUUGAAGACUACUCAAGAAGAGGAACGUAACCCGGUGGGCUUUGUCGUCACCUCCAAAUUUGAUCGUGACGCAACUAAGGAUUUAAAAUGCAAACAUUGUGAGUUGAGCGGACACGAGAAGAGUGGUUGCUUUCAACUCAUUGGAUAUCCUGAAUGGUGGGGAGAUCGCCCACGUAUCCUGAACCCGGGACGAGGUAAUGGCCGCGGCAACAACACAGGAGGACGGCGCGGCGGCAACGCUGGCCGAGGUAACCGCGGCGGAGCUGGUGGCGGUCCAGCAGGCGGACCGGCGGCACACACGGCUCAGGCCAACGCAACAGAUGGGGGACGUGCGCUCCAUCAACCAAAUCUCCCUUCUCUCACAACCAAUCAAUGGAAUGCACUCAUGGGACUCUUAAACGAGAAAGAUUCGGGUAUGGAAAGUAAAUUUUCAGGUAUGACUAACACUUCUUGGAUCAUUGAUAGUGGAGCGAGUCAACAUAUGACCGGUGAUAAGAAGUGUCUUGAAAAUUUGGAAGCAAUAAAACCUUGCUCAGUUGGCCUACCGAAUGGAGAUUGUGUGAUAGCCAACCAAAAGGGGAGUGUGAUUGUGGAUAAUUUGAUCACCUUAGAAAAUGUUUUGCUAGUUCCUCAACUCAACUGCAAUCUUAUAUCUGUCUCACAACUUCUUGAGAAAAAGAAUUUAAUUGUCAAGUUUAAUAAUAAAAUUUGUCUUAU